AUGGCUUCCCGUGAGAGCAUGGUUGCGCCAGAGGUCGCCGUCAAGAUUUCUACAACAUCACCUGAGUCUGGAUCCCAUGACCCUUCAUUCAGCAAAGACGUUGGCUCGAGCGAAAUGCACAUUAACCCAGCGACGGCGCACUCCGCCGAAGCCAUCGCCAGGAAGACUCGAACCGGAUUGAAAUCUGAGCACGGGCACAGUCUCUCCUGUAUUCGCCCCAUGACACAACAUCCAGGCUCGUCUGUCGCGGCUUUCUUCAAAGGGCUCUUUACCACUGUCAUCGGCAUUUCAACACUCGGCACGAGCGUCACUUUCUCGUAUGUCCUCUCAGGCGACGCCACCCACCCUCGUUCCGCAGACCCGGAAUUCGAUCUCCGACAGACACAGCUCUUCCUUGCCAUUAGCUGGCUCUUGUUCCUGCUUGCUUUGGCGAAUGCUUCUAUCUGCUCGACUCUCCUGACAUUUUUCAAAGACCACUGGAUUGCGGACUGGGAUGGAAUGAAUGGCAAAACGAGCCAAUUCGAAGUACAGAUGUAUGCUGUUUCUGCAGCUGCUCUGAUGGGUGCUCUGAUUGUAGGAGCCUUUGUGCUGCUAAGUUUGGUGGUGGCGGCCUACUCUGCUAUGAUCGGAUGGGUUGCUCUUGGGUUCACCGCAUUUUAUGGACUCAUCAUUGCCAUGGGGGUCCUUCAACAGGUUCCAUGGCCCUGGAGGCGCAACAUGCCGACUCCGGGUUCGAACCACUCUGAGUGCUAG